AUGGCUUCGAAGUUUCUGAAGAUCUCUAUAUCGUUUGAAAAUGGCGGAAAACAGUCAACAGUUAUUCAUCGGUUUUUUCACAGAACGCCUCUUCGUAUCUUCCGCACACAGAAGCUGUACAGCUCCAAAUACAAAACCAAUGCUGAAUAUUCUCAGGAUUAUCCCCAUAUAUUCGUCACAUAUUCCUUAUUGUUUCCUCCGAAGUCGAUACUGUCAUGGAGAUUAAGGCAGAAAUGCUCCCCGUUUCCGAUAAUAAGUAGCGGAGAGAAGCCUUCGCGUAUUUUGAUUGUGUGUGAUUCCACGAAAGAUCGGAGUAUUCAUGAGUUUAGUAAGACGAUUCGUCAAAUCCGGAUGUGCGGCGGCAUCUUACAUCCGGGAGAUACAAUUAGGGUUUUUGGGGUGCUUCAUAAAGUCUUGCAUCCCAUGGGUUAUGUUAUGGGAGUGGCUCCUGCGAAUUUCCUUGGAACAACACAUGCCCGUGCAGUGGAAGAAGAAGUUUCGAAAAAGGUCGAUAUGUAUGUGGGCAUGCUCCAGUAUAGUGCUGAACAAUGUGAAGGAGAUAGGGUUGACAUUGAGGUUAAGAUCACUGCUGGAACUCCACUAAGGAAGGCUAUCAUAAAUGAAGUAGCUACUUCUAAUGCAGCUUGGGUUAUAUUUGAUAGGCCUCUAAGAAAGGAAUUGAGGUACUAUCUGAAAUACAUUCCUUGCAAGGCCGCCCUUGUGCUUGAUAACUUUUCGCUGCAAAUUCUGGAAAAUGAGUAUUCCAAUAAGGAAACUGAGCAUUUUGACAGUAAGCAGUUUUACUCGCUUUCCAAGCCUGUCCCACUACCACCAGUUAGUGAUAAUGAGAAUGAGCAGCCAGUCAAUACUAUGAACGGUCAUAGAUCUCCAGAAAGUUCCGAUAUGGCUAGUAUCUGGCCGUUGUCAUUCACAUCAGAUUCCAAGGAAGAAAGCAUUGUCUCCCAAAGUGAGACUCAACCAAGUCCCAAGAAAGAGGACUCAGGUAAUACUAGACAGAUUAUGGAAUAUUAUGCCCCAAUAAUCUCAAAUCAAAAAAGAAGGCCUAGCCGAAAUAGAUACUCUGAUGUACCUGUGCUCUGCGUUACUUGUGGAUUAAAUACGGAGUUGGACUCAAUGAGAUAUAGUUAUCCUGAGAUUCAGCUCGCAACCAACAAUUUUUCACCUGAUAAUUUACUAGGCGAAGGUGGAUAUGGUCUUGUAUAUAAAGGUGAGCUUAAGGAUGGGCAGCAUAUUGCUGCAAAGGUUCGAAAGGAAUCAAGUACACAAGGGUUUUCAGAAUUUCACUCUGAAAUAUUUGUCCUCAACUUUGCACGCCACAAGAACAUUGUGAUGCUUCUUGGUUUUUGUUGCAAGGAAAACCUUAAUAUCCUAGUCUAUGAGUACAUCUGCAACAAAUCACUGGAAUGGCAUUUAUUUGGUAAUACGAACAAAGUUCUUGAAUGGCACCAACGACAUGCUAUUGCCAUUGGAACUGCCAAAGGGUUGCGCUUUUUACAUGAAGAGUGUCGGGGAAGCCCUAUAGUUCAUCGGGACAUGAGACCAAGCAAUAUACUGCUGACAUGUGACUUUGUUCCUAUGCUGGGAGACUUUGGCCUCGCAAGGUGGAAGACUGAUGAGGGUGAAAUACAAACAAGAAUUCUAGGCACUCUUGGAUAUCUUGCACCAGAGUACGCAGAGAACGGUAUUGUCUCAGUACGAACAGAUGUUUAUUCGUACGGUGUUGUUCUGAUCCAACUGAUCUCUGGACGCAAGGCAGUGGAUUCCAAGAAAGAAGACCAGCAACCAUCACUUAGACAAUGGGCAUUACCUCUGAUUGAGAGACUUGCAUUACACGAGCUCAUUGAUCCUCGUCUCGGUGAAACAUACAGCACAUACGAGCUGUACAGCAUGGCUAAAACAGCAUAUUUAUGCCUCCAAACUGAACCUGAGAAAAGACCAUCAAUGGCAGAUGUGCUGCACCUUCUUGAGGGGGAAAUUGAUCAUUUUAGCCACCUCACAGAGCAGUUUAUACCACAUUAUAGUACGUGAGGAGAUGGAAUCAUGUCGGCUAGGGUGACUGCGGCUGAUGCAUACCAUUUCGUAUAUUGAACGCAGGCUGCUGGUUACCCCCUUUUGUAAGCUUGGCUUUGUCUGCUCUAUAUGUGGACGUUACUCAAAUGUUGCAAUUUUUGUUUUUCAGAUUAAAUUAGCUAAACAAAUUUAGUUUCUUGUUUA